GUGCAAUGUUUAUUUGGAUUAUUACCUUUAUUUAAUGCAUCAUUUUAAGUUUUAGGUGGUCGAGGUGCAUAUUUAGGUAGAAAGAGAGAAAUAAAUAAAUUGGAAAUCAGUAAGGGCCUAGAGUUGGUUUGGAGGUUUAGUUGAUAAGAGAGUGUAUCGUUUUUGAAUUGCGCGAUGAGCGAGUUGCCCUACCCGUAUGGCCUGGGUUCGGAACCGGUCGCUGCAUAUCAACAACAGCGGCACCAAGUUGAAGCAACACCAGCAACGAACGCAGACUUUUGUGAUUUUAAUGAGGAAGGCGACGACGAAAUGGUAACUACCGAACGCGAGCUGGCCGAAGAUGCACAAUGGAAAAAAAUACAACAGAACACCUUUACGCGAUGGGCCAACGAGCACCUGAAAACCGUUGCCAAACAUAUCAACAAUUUGGAAACCGAUUUAAGUGAUGGUUUGAGAUUAAUCACCCUAAUUGAAGUUUUAUCCGGCAAACGGCUCCCGAAACAUAACAAAAAACCCUCCUUCAGGUCGCAAAAACUCGAGAAUGUGUCUGUCGCGCUUAAAUUUCUACAAGACGACGAAGGAAUCAAAAUCAUCAACAUUGAUUCCACCCAUAUAGUAGAUUGUAAAUUAAAACUAAUAUUAGGUCUAAUAUGGACUUUAAUUUUGCAUUAUUCGAUAUCUUUGCCCAUGUGGGAUGGUGAAGACGAUAUUAGUAAUGGCGGUUCAGAACCGACUCCGAAACAAAGGCUGAUGAAUUGGAUACAAAGUAAAGUGCCGGAUCUUCCAGUAAAAAAUUUUACUACAGACUGGAACGACGGCAAGGCAGUUGGUGCUUUGGUGGAUGCUGUAGCGCCUGGGUUGUGUCCGGAUUGGCCGGAUUGGGAUCCAAAGGACUCGGUGCAAAAUGCUUCAGAAGCUAUGGGUCUUGCCGAUGACUGGCUUAAUAUUCCUCAACUUAUUAAACCAGAAGAAAUUAUCAACCCUAAUGUUGAUGAGCAAUCCAUGAUGACAUACUUGUCGCAAUAUCCUAAUGCCAAACUUAAGGCUGGAGCUCCAUUAAGACCAAAAACUAGUCCAAACAAAGUUAGAGUUUAUGGGCCAGGAGUAGAACCUACAGGUCCAGUUGUUGGAGCUGCUGCCAACUUUACAGUCGAAACAUUUUCGGCUGGUAAAGGUCAAGUUGAUGUGGUUGUAGAAAAUCCUAAAGGCCAAAAAGAACCCGUUGACGUUAGAUUCAACAAUGAUAGAAACUUAACAUACUCAGUUUCGUAUACGCCGCAAUAUGAAGGCAACCAUAAGGUCAACGUGUCCUUUGGAGGAAGAGUUGUUCCGAAAAGUCCGUAUACCGUUAAAGUUGAAGGUCACGCCGGGGAUCCAAGCAAAGUGACCGCGUCAGGUCCAGGUUUGCAACCUGACGGAGUUUGCAUAAACAAACCAACAUAUUUUGAUAUUUCCACCGUUAAUGCGGGCAAGGGAGUGCCCGAAGUAAUAAUCUUAGACCCUUCGGGAAAUAAAAACUCGAUAAUCGUCAAGGUGAGGCAGACUAGUCCGGAUUUGUGGCGCUGCGAAUACGUUUCGCCAACAAUUGGUUUACAUUCCGUUAAUAUAUUUUUCGCUGGCCAAUCGAUUCCGAACAGUCCGUUCGGCGUUAGAGUCUCGCCUGUGAGCGACGCUAGAAAAGUUAGAGCCAGCGGUAGAGGUCUGCAGGAUACUGGCGUCAGAGUUAAGGAUGAGGCCGAUUUUAAAAUAUACUGCGAGGGGGCUGGCGAAGGUGUUCCUGAGGUUAACAUCAUCGGUCCAGGCGGUGUGAAAGAGCCAUGCAAACUUACAAAAGUGCAAGGUACUACGUAUCACGCUGUGUAUCACCCGAUGAAAGAAGGCAGAUAUCGCGUAAUGGUGACCUUUGCCGGUCAAGAAAUACACAACAGUCCAUUCGACGUGAACGUUGGGCCCUACAAGGAGUCCAAAAUAAACGUUUUUGGUCCAGGACUCGUCGGUGGAGUGGUGGGUUAUCCGGCUCUCUUCACCGUAGAAGCUAAUGGUGAAGCCGGCGCUCUAGGCUUCAGUAUUAACGGACCUUCCCAAGCCAAAAUCGACUGUCAAGAUAAUGGCGAUCAGUCAGCUGACGUCAAGUAUUACCCCACCGCUCCAGGAGAGUACGCGGUACAUAUACUGUGCGACAACGAAGAUAUUCCAAAAAGUCCCUACAUUGCUCAAAUUUUACCGAACACUGACUAUUAUCCGCAAAACGUGGAAGUAUAUGGACCAGGCGUUACCCCCAACGGGGUAAGAAAACAGGAAGCUACCAAGUUUACCGUUGACAAAAGAAAGGCUGGCUCUGCUCCCUUAGAUGUUAAGGUAAUAGACUCCAAUUUGAACAACGUGGAAGUUAAGUUGGUGGAAAAAUCCGACGGUCUAAUCGAAGGUAGUUAUACGGCAAAAACCGGCGACCGUCAUACUGUUCAAGUAAACUAUGGAGGUGUGGCUGUGAAAAAUUCUCCAUUCAGAGUAUACGUGGAAGAACCAAUCAACCCCGCCAACGUGCAAUGCUUCGGGCCUGGCGUGCAGGAUGGCGUCAAAGCCAACACCCCAACACAUUUCAAUGUUGAUGCCAGAGAUGCCGGUGAUGCGGAGCUGGAAGUUCGCGUGGUAAACGAAGCCAAUCCGCACAAAGACAUUCCAGUCAAAAUCAUAGACAACGAAGAUAGAACCUACACAGUGGACUACGAACCAACGGAACCAGGAACGCACAACGUCACCCUGAAUUACGGCGGCCUCAAAGUACCAACAACUCCAAUCAAAUUCAAGGUGCAACCCAACGUUGAUGUAUCCAAGAUAAAAGUCGAUGGACUUGAACAAACCGCACCGGUGAAUAGUUUACAACAAUUUAGAGUGAUAACGGAAGACGCCGGUAAAGCAGAAAUCGCCAUUCUUAUAACGAGUCCUUCGGGAAGCAAAGUGAAAGCUCACGUAAUACCGACAGCUGAAGGUUUUUUGGUUAACUUUACACCAACACAGUUGGGAGAAUAUUUAUUGGGAAUAUCCUUUGGUGGUGAAUCCAUCUCGCACAGACCAUUCCGAUUGACUUGCCUGACCGGCAGCGAUCCUUUAAAAGUUAUGGCUAAAGGUCCUGGCUUGGAAAAAGGGAUUGUUAAUAGGCCAGCUGAGUUUGUGAUUGAUACUAGAGGUGCUGGCCAAGGUGGGCUGGGUGUUACAGUUGAGGGACCCUGUGAAGCAGCAAUCAAUUGCAGAGACAAUGGCGAUGGCACUUGUUCUGUCGCAUAUUUGCCCACAGAAGUUGGAGAUUACGGCAUCAAUAUCACUUUCAAUGAUUCCCACAUACCUGGAAGUCCAUUUCAAGCCAUAAUACUCCCUGAAGUCGAUAUGAACAAAAUCAGAGUAUCGGGAAAUGGCGUUCAGCUACACGGUGUAUACGCUAACACGCCAACAGACUUUGUCGUUGACACCAGAGCCCUUCCAAAAACAACGUCCGGUGAUGAUGGUAAGGUAACGUGCACCAUAACGAAUCCUUCCGGUGCACAGACGGAAAAGUUCGUCACGCCGUCACUUGAUGGUACAUACAAAGUGAGCUAUAUACCGUUUGAAGAAGGCACACAUACGAUUGACAUAUUCUAUGAUAAUGUGCCCGUGCCGGGUUCGCCGUUUAUUGUAAAUGUGCGUAGAGGUCCCGACUCGAAGAAAUGCAUUGCGUAUGGACCGGGUUUGGAUAAGGGUUAUGUAGGGAAACAAAACACCUUCACCGUUGAAACUAAAGGUGCAGGUCAGGGUGGUUUAUCGUUGGCGAUAGUAGGACCCAGUGAAGCUAGAAUGACCUGCAAAGAUAAUAGAGACGGUUCUUGUUCGGUUGAGUAUAUUCCAGAUGAAGCAGGUGAAUACGAUGUGGCUAUAAAGUUUGCCGAUCAACCCAUUCAAGGCUCGCCUUUUAAAGUUAUGGUGGUGGAUGAGAACCUGGUGAAGGCUUACGGUCCAGGUUUGGACCCUGCAAAGUGUAGGUCUGGCGUUCCAGUUAAAUUCACGGUGGAUGCGUCAAAGGCAGAACCUGGCCCUGUAGGCGUUAAUAUCGUCUCCGAUUCAAAGCAACUGCCCAAAAAACCCGACGUGAUCGAUAAAGGCGACGGUACGUUCGAUGUGACCUACAUCCCGCCCGAUGAAGGCGCCAACCUUAAAGCCCACAUUACCUACAACGGUAAAGACAUAGUAAACAGUCCAUUCCCGUUGAAAGUAAAACCGGUGGUGGAACCGGAAAACAUCAAAAUCACCGGCCCCGCUAUUGUGGAGAAUGGCAUUCCGGCUUCGAUGCCGACCACCAUUAAAAUCGAUACCAACGAAGCUGGCUUCGGCGAUUUGGAAAUGAAAAUGACCGGACCAGAUGGCAACUCGAGGCCCAUCACUUUGAGUGACAACAAAGAUGGCACCUACAAUGCCGUGUUCGUCCCCGAUGAUUGUGGCAGAUACAAGUUGGACUGUAAAUAUGGCGGCAAGGAGGUACCCAACACCCCCAUCCCAAUACAAGCCUACGCCAUUGGUAAUGCUGAAAAAUGUAAGAUUACCGAAGGACAAGAAAAAACACUACAAAGUGGGGAGUCGUACUGUAUCACAGUGAAUACAGAAAAUGCCGGCAAAGGAGCGGUGACUUGUAGGAUCAAGUCUACCAAUGAAAGCACCAGUGACUUGGACAUUGAUAUAGUGGAUAAUGGAGAUGGUACCGUCAGUAUCCAUUACACGGUGCAAGAUGCCGGUGAAUAUACCAUCAACAUUAAGUUUGGCGGGCAAAAUGUUCCUGGCGGUUUCUACACAUUUGUGGCCGAAGAAGUCAGCACCAAAUCGACCGUUUCGAAAACCGAUUCAGCAAAAUCGAGCUCCACCCAAAAAUCGCAAACAUUCAGGCCCGUCGCGCUUGAUAAUAUACCCUUACCCAGUACUGGAGGACACGUAACAGCCGAAAUCAAAAUGCCAAGCGGAAAUGUAGAUAAGCCGGUCAUCGAGGACAACCACGAUGGUACAGUGACCAUUAAGUACGAUCCCCGCGAGGAGGGUGUCCACGAGCUGGCCGUCAAAUUCAACGGCGAACAUGUGCAAGGUUCGCCGUACAAAAUCCACGUGGAUUCCAUCAGCUCUGGCUACGUGACCGCGUACGGUCCCGGCCUGACCCACGGCGUGACAGGGGAGCCCAGCAACUUCACAAUUUCUACAAAGGGAGCCGGCGCCGGCGGCCUAUCGAUGGCCGUCGAAGGGCCCAGCAAAGCCGAAAUCAGCUGCCACGACAACAAAGACGGCACCGUGUCCGUAUCCUAUCUGCCCACCGCACCGGGAGAGUACAAAAUAUCCGUACGUUUCGGCGACAAGCACAUCAAAGGUUCGCCGUUCAACGCCAAAAUCACCGGCGAAGGCAGAAAGAGGAACCAAAUCUCCGUCGGUUCGUGCAGCGAGGUCUCGCUGCCCGGCAAAAUUUCCGACGCCGAUAUUCGCUCGUUGAACGCUUCAAUUCAGGCGCCGAGCGGCCUGGAGGAGCCGUGCUUCCUCAAGAGAUUACCGACCGGCAACAUCGGCAUCUCCUUCACCCCGAGGGAAAUCGGCGAGCAUGUGGUUUCUGUGAAAAAAAUGGGCUGCCACAUCACGAACUCCCCAUUCAAAAUCAACGUGUGCGAAAGGGAGGUGGGCGACGCCAGGAAGGUUAAAGUGUCCGGUACUGCCUUGAAAGAAGGCAAAACCCACUCCAACAACACUUUCAACGUCGAUACGAGAAACGCCGGCUUCGGGGGUCUGUCGUUGUCCAUCGAAGGCCCGUCGAAAGCCGAAAUUCAAUGCAACGACAACACCGACGGUACAAUGAACAUCUCCUACAAACCGACCGAGCCGGGUUAUUACAUCGUCAAUUUGAAAUUCGCUGACCACCACGUCGAUGGCUCGCCGUUCACCACAAAGGUGACCGGCGAGGGGUCCAACAGGCAGCGCGAGAAGAUCCAAAGGCAACGGGAAGCCGUUCCAAUCACGGAAGUUGGAAGCCAAUGCAAGCUCACCUUCAAAAUGCCCGGAAUUACAUCCUUCGAUCUAAGUUCAUCCGUAACAUCACCUGGUGGAGUUACUGAAGAUGCCGAAAUCAACGAGGUCAACGACGGUUUAUACGCCGUGCACUUCGUUCCAAAAGAACUUGGAGUGCAUACCGUAUCCGUCAAAUACAAGGAGAUCCAUAUUCCUGGUUCUCCAUUCCAGUUCACGGUGGGUCCGUACAGGGACCACGGUGCCCAUUUGGUGAAGGCCGGAGGUGCCGGUUUGGAGAGAGGAGAGCAAGGAGAGCUGAACGAGUUCAACGUGUGGACAAGGGAGGCUGGUAGCGGGCAACUUGCUAUUUCGGUGGAGGGUCCCAGCAAGGCUGAAAUCAACUUCACGGAUCGUAAAGACGGUUCUUGCGACGUUUCCUACAAAGUAGCGGAGCCCGGUGAAUACCGCAUUGGCCUUAAGUUCAACGACGAACACGUGCCUGAAUCGCCAUUUAAGGUGUACAUAUCGCCAGCGAUGGGCGAUGCCCAUCUACUGGAGGUGAUCCAGUUCCCCGAGGGCUACAUCCAAGCCGACAAACCGUCGCAGUUCCUCAUCCGCAGCAAUGGCGCGAAAAAAGGCGACCUCGACGCGAAAAUCAUCGGGCCGUCGGGCAACGAGGACGACUGCUUCGUGCAAAUGAUCGACAUGGAGGAGUACUCCAUAAGAUUCAUGCCGAGGGAGAACGGCAUCCACAAGAUCCACGCCAAGUACAACGGAGUGCACAUCCCCGGCUCCCCGUUCAGCGUGAAGGUCGGCAAAGACACCGCCGAUCCGGCCGCCGUGCACGCUUCCGGGGCCGGCUUGAACAACAUCAAAACCGGCAACAAGACCGACUUCAUCAUCGAUACCGUUAACGCCGGUGCCGGUACGUUGGCCGUCAACAUCGACGGUCCCAGCAAAGUGUCCAUGGACUGCACGGAGGUCGAGGAGGGCUACAAAGUCCGCUACACCCCGUUGGCGCCCGGGGAUUACUACAUCAGCAUCAAGUACAACAACAACCACAUCGUCGGCUCUCCGUUCAAGGUGCACAGCAAGGGGGAUCCCAAGAUGGCCGACCUCGGCGGGCAGGAGUCCUCGUCGGUGGUCGUGGAGACCGUGGCCAAAAUCGGAAAGGCCAACGCCAACUCCGGACCCAAGCUGCCCAAAUUCACCAGCGACGCGUCCAAAGUACAGUGCAAGGGUAACGGCCUGAAGAAGGCCUACCUGGGCAAGACCAACGCCUUCACUGUCUCCGCCCAAGAUGCCGGCACCAACAUCCUGUUCGUCGGCCUUCACGGGCCCAAAGGACCAUGCGAGGAAAUGGUCACAAAACACAACGGCCGCCAGCAAUACAAUAUCAACUACAUGGUCAAAGAAAGGGGGGAGUACUUUAUCAUUGUUAAGUGGGGAGAGGCCCAUGUUCCUGGAUCUCCUUUCAGAGUUGAAGUCUAACUUUAACAUUUUUUAUAUUUAUUUACUUAUUACGUUUCGUACUAGCCAUUUUAUUUAUAACUAUAAUUUUACUGGACCCUUUAAUUUUAUUUUGUACAUAUCCAAAUUAAUUUUCUCAUUAUUUCAUACUAGGUACAUAGGUAUUCAAUUCCAGUAAAAUUAUCAUGGAUAUUUUAUUGUAUUAAUAACUUUAAUUUUAAUAUUAUGUUUUGCCUGUUUAUUGUUUAAGAACUUUUCACUUUUAAUUUCAUAAUGAUAACUUAUGUAUUUUUUAACUUAAUUUGAUAAGUUCUCUGUAUAAGUUAAAGUUUUAUUAUAUAUGUUGUGUUAUUUUCAUUAGAAGAUAUUCUCUUGAAUGUUACAUUAUUAUUAUUUAAAUAAAUUUAUGCUAUUUACUUACCGC